GCCAGGUUUUGAACCACGGAUAAGGACGGAUUUAGACGAUACAUGAUUCAGUUAAUAUUAAGCUUUAAGAAGUUAAAGGAUUAAAACAUAGGGGCUUAAACAAAGCCCUGUAAAGAAGUUUUCAAGCGGUAAAGAGCGGCCAACCGGCCGCUGCAGCUGGCAGUAUGGAGCAGUUUGACCAGCUGCUCACAUGCUGCAUCUGCUUGGACCGGUACAGGAACCCGAAGCUGCUGCCAUGCCAGCACUCCUACUGCCUGGACCCCUGUAUGGAGGGGUUGGUGGACUAUGUGAAGAGGCAGGUUAAAUGCCCCGAGUGUCGGGCAGAGCAUAGGAUCCCAUACAAUGGGAUCCAGGGGUUCCCAACAAACUACACACUAACUAAGUUUUUGGAACUCCAUGCUGAUAUUACAGGAGAACUACCGGAUCCUACAGCAGACCAGAUAAUGUCAAGAUGCGCUGUUUGUUCAGAAAAAGCAUAUGUUAACCCCUGCGCUCACUGUGAUAAGAAGGUCUGCGAUACCUGCAAGGACGCGCACUGUGAUAUCCUGAAACGAGAAAUAUCUAGAGUUAACAACCAGAUCAAGCGCGGGAUACACAGGAUCGAGGACGCGCUCUCCCAGGUGGAGAGAAACCAGACCCAGCUGAAGAAUAAUGCAGAUCAGGUUGUCGGAGAGAUAGAUGAAAUUCAUAGAAGAUUAUCAAAUGCAUUGAAGGAGAGAACAGAUUACCUCAAGGCGAGCGUAGACAAAUUUAUGGGAACUGAGAUGAGAAGUCUUAAAGAUCUCAAGGAUAAUCUAGAUUUGGAGACAACUAAUAUCCUCUCCAACUCUGAUCUAAUGGAGAAGAAUCUGGAUGAUGGAACAAAGUGGGAUGAUGUUGAGUUAAUGGACUGCAAGGAUAUAUUUCUCAAGAUGAUGGAUUGGAUCAGAAACUAUGAUACCAGCAGUGAUGAAUACAGUAGGAAAAUCAGGUUUACUUGCCAUGAUACAAUCAAUGAUCUUGCAAAGAAGAUUCUAGAAAUAGGAGAUCUAAGAAUGAUGGAAAAUAAACCGAAAGAAGACGACUUUGAAUCCAGAUCCUCAGGUCUUUCCCGCUCCAAGAGUGAUCACAGAUUAGUUUCCGAGUUCCGAAGACAAGAGGAAGGAAGUUCUCCUCCAAUGAGGAGAAGGUUUGGAGAAGCAAGAUACAGCAGGGAAGCGAAUAAGAGUAGAACCAACUUUGGCAGGUUCGGAGGAGAGGAAGAAGAAGACGACAGCACUGGAAGAUCCAGCAGGUUCAGAUCUAGAUUUCUCCGAGGGGAUGAUGAGGAUGAUGGAGACAGGAGAAAAUCCCUGCAUUUGGAGGACAAAGAGGAUUUAGUUGCUAAGAAGGAGAGAAAUAAGGUUAUUGACACAGAGGAUGCGUCUCGAGGUCCUCUCAGCGGUUGUAUUAGACUAGCAGACAGUUCUAGAGUCAUCCAGAGACUGAAGGAAAGAGAAAUGGAGUUGCUCCGACCUAAAAAGAAGGAUACUCCUCCUCCUGCUCCUAAACCUGUAUCUAGACCUGCUCCUCCUCCCACUCGACCUUCAGCUAGUACUGAUGAUGAUAUUGAUAGAAUAAAGAAGGAGAACAAGGCCAAGGAAGCAGCACAGACAUCAACAGAAACAACUACAGCUCCAUCUGCUACUCCAGUAGUUCCAGCUGCUCCGGUAGUUUCAACACCAGCAGCAGUAACUACACCUACAGCUGCUCCCAUACCAGCUGUGCGUAGACUGUCUGCUAAUCCUAUCCCAGCUGCUGCUCCUGAUGUUGCUCCUGUAAGACCGAGCAGAGCUCCAGCAACUACAACAACUACAGCCUCUACAGAAAGCUCUAAACCCAGCACUACUACAGCUAGGACAAACCAAACCAGUGUAUCAGGGAGCAGGUUUACCUCUAGGUCAGGAUCUCCUAACUCUAUUGUCAAUAGGUAUGCUCCACCCCAACCAGGAUAUACUGGGUUUGGUGCUGGUUCAGCUCCAACUGCCCAGGAAGAGAGUCCUGACUCUGAUUUCUCGUCUAGUGAUACAUCUAGCAGUUCCGACUCAGACUCUGAUGAAGAAGAGGAAGCAGCUGAUGCAGCUGAUGAUGGAUAUGAAUAUGAGUAUUAUGAUGAAGAAGAGACUGGUACUGCAGCAGCUAGUGCAGCUUCUACUGCUGCUGCAUCUGCUCCAAAGCCUACUCCUCCAAGCUCUAUUCUCAAGAAAGCGAAUGAUACCCCGUCUUAUGUAUCCUCAUAUGGAGCGAGUAAAACAGAUACUGGAAAUGCAUAUUCUUCCUCCUAUGGUGCAGGCUAUGGAGCCAGUACUCCAGCCAGCUCCAGCUAUACCUCUCAGUAUGGUUAUGGAGCAUCCUCCCAGCCGGAGGCUCCGUCUAGAAAUCAAUCUGCUUACUCAUCAUCAUACAGCAUGAGUGAUGAUCAACCAACAGGAAGAACACCGCGUUCUUACACUGGUGCAAAGACUACUUCUGCUUAUGGAGGAUCCUGGGGACAGGAUUCUGAACCUGCAGCUCCCACAAGUCCAGGAGUAAGCAGGCGGUAUAGUAGAUAUACUUCUCCUGAACCUACAGCUCCUGUAAGUUCAGAGAGAAGGUUUAGUAGGGAAGAUAGUUCUGACAGCACUAGCUACUCAGGCAGAUAUAAGAGAAGAGAUGAUAGUGACAGUUUUGUCAGCAGAUAUCUAGCAAAAUCUCGCUCUACAGCUGUCGGCCUUGGAUCCUCAGAUUCUCCGAGGGAUCAAACUCCAGAAGAUUCUGUCUCAGCUACACGUAAGAUAUCUGGUGAGUUGCAGUAUCCCAGUGGUAGAUCCAGAUAUGCUGCACUCAAGGAGAGAAAAGCCAGGUUGGCCAAGAGUAAAAGUUCUGCUGCUAUAGGUCUUGGUGGAGAGGAUGAAGAUGAUGGAGAUGAAGUUUUAACUCCAUUCACAUCAAGGUUUGGCGGAGAACUGGCAAGAUCCAGAUCUUCUCACUUAUUGAAGGAUCAAAACUCUCCUAGUGGAAGUAGAACUGCAGAUGCCAGCGCUGAUGAUGAGAAUCUCAGCUCUUGGGCUAAAUAUUUAAAGAACAAGUAUGGAGGAAGAGCAGCAUCGAACACUGCUGCUCCAAGUGCAUCAAGAGACUCAGGAUCAAGAGUCGGGCUAUCAUCCAGAUAUGAGACUGAUCAGUCAAAAAACUUGAUAGGCUCCCCCGCUCCUACACCUCAACAACCCUCAGCUCAGGGCUCCGGAGGUAUAGGUAGUAUGCCGAAAAGUCAGUACCUGCAAAAGCAGGCCUUGGUACUGAAAUUCGGCGCUCGGGGGAGCCAGCCCGGAUUCUUUACAUGGCCUAGAGGUAUUGCAGUGGGAGCAGAUAAUACCAUCAUAGUUGCGGACUCUUCCAAUCAUAGAGUCCAAAUAUUCGACGAGAACGGACAGAACAGGUUCUGGUUGGGUGGAUACGGAAACGCGGAGGGAGAAUUUGAUUGUUUAGCUGGAGUAGCAGUGAACAGGAUCGGACAGUAUAUUAUUGCUGACCGGUACAAUCAUAGGAUACAGAUAUUUGAUCCUAGUGGGCAGUUUAUCAGAACCUUCGGGAGCCAGGGAGCAGGGAACGGUCAGUUCAACUAUCCUUGGGGUAUAUGCACAGAUGCACUUGGCUUUAUUUAUGUCUGCGACAAGGAAAAUCACAGGGUUCAGGUGUUCCAGAGCGAUGGAACGUUUGUUGCCAAGUUUGGAACGAUGGGGAACAAGCCUGGACAGUUGGAACACCCUCACUAUAUUGCUGUAUCUAACACUAACAGAGUGAUUGUAUCAGACUCGAACAAUCACCGACUCCAGAUAUUCGAUGUUAACGGGAAGGUUCUCACAACAUUCGGAUCUGAAGGAACAGAUGAAGGACAGUUUAAAUUUCCAAGAGGUGUAGCUGUCGAUGAGCAAGGAUAUAUAUUUGUGGCGGACUCAGGGAACAACAGGAUACAGAUCUUUAAUCCAGACGGAACCUUCCUUAGAGCCUUCGGACGCUGGGGUCAAAGUGAUGGAGAGUUCAAGGGGUUGGAGGGGAUAGCGGUCAACCAGCAGGGGAAUAUACUAGUAGCAGACAGAGAGAACCAUAGGAUACAGAUAUUCUAGAUACAGAGAACCAUUAAUACAGAUAUUCUGAUACAGAGAACCAUUGGAUACAGAUAUUCUAGAUACAGAGAACCAUUGGAUACAGAUAUUCUAGAUACAGAUAACCAUUGGAUACAGAUAUUUUCGAUACAGAUAACCAUUAGAUACAGAUAUUCUAGAUACAGAACACCAUAGGAAAAUUGUAGAGAAUUUUUAUACAGAAAAUGAAGCACAGAGAACCAAAUGAUACAGAUAUACAGAUAUUUGACAAAUCCCAUAUUUAUUCUAAUCCUUAGAUAACCAUUUCUUAAUAAAUGUUUUCUAUAAAUUUC